AGUUAUGCGGGUAUGCAUCGUAGGCGGUGGCGGCUUUCUGGGUUGUGAGUUAGCUGCUCGUCUCCAGUCAACUGGUGCUCAUACGGUUCUAUUAGAUGUCAGUUUUCCAGAGCAUACGAAUAUAAAACUAGAUGAGAGAUUAACAACUAUUGUACAGGGUUCAGUUCUGGAUGAAGAGAAGGUGUGCGAAGCAUUGCGAGGAUGCGAGUCAUGUUUUCACAUAGCAGCUUAUGGCAUGUCUGGAAUUCAAGCUUUCAACCGCGACCUCAUUUUCCGAAUCAAUGUUGAUGGAACACUGUUGCUUAUGAGUUGCUGCAAACGUUUCGGUAUAUCGCGUUUCGUAUACACAUCAAGUGUGGGUGUCAUUUUUGUUGGCAAGGAGCUCGUCAAUGCUAGCGAGACCUAUCCCUAUCCCAAGGAAUCAGAGUAUUUUUCUUGGUACAGUGCAUCAAAAGCUCGAGCAGAAAAGCUCGUUUUGGCCUCGAAUUGUGCAGAAUUGCGGACUUGUGCACUAAGGUUAAGAGGCAUUUUUGGGCCAGGGGAACCGAGGUCUACUGACAGAGCUGCUGACAUGAUCCACAAAGGAUUCUUUAUUGCGACUUUUGCUGAGAAAGGCAAAGCUCUGACUCAGUACAGCGGAAUCUACAAUGUCACACAAGCCAUGUACAAAGCCGAUAUGGAACUGGCCAAGCCACGUCCAAGAUGUGCAGGAAAGGUCUAUCACAUAGUUGAUGACGAACCUGUCGAUUCUUUUAUGUUCUGGGCUCCGCUUAUAAAGGCCCUGUCACAAUCGCCGCCUUUUUUGAGGCUACCAUUUCCACUUAUAUAUUUCUUCGCCUAUCUUACCGAGUGCCUGGCUGUCUGGUUUGGAAUACCGCCAUUGCUGAAUAGGCUUGAGGUGGCUCUUAUCGGUGUGACGAAUACUUACUCGAUUGAAGCCGCAAGAAAGGAUCUCGACUAUAAACCCACAAAUAAUCAUGACUUGACUGAGGUAGUGGACUAUUAUAAGAAGCUCUACCAAAGCCAAGGCUCCAGAUUCAGCGUGCGCUUUAUGAUAAAAGCUCUUUGUAUAGUUGCUAUAUUCUUAUUUCUCCUUUUCCGCUUCCUUUUGUGAUGUCCAUUACCUUGUUUGAUAAGAACGAGGUCAGAAAAGUGAAGGGUAACUUUUUUGCUCAUUUCAUUUGUGUAUAUUCGCCAUGUUAUUCAUCAUGUCAAUGAACCCGUGUGCCUGAAUCUGCAACUUAACUUAUUAUACGCCACUGUCUGCAUUGGGCGACAUAAAUAUUUGGUAAU